AUGAACAGCAUGGCGAGGCUGCCGAGUGGGGCAGAGGGGCAGGCCUGGGAAACAGAGGACGAUGACACGGCAGAAGGCGACCUAGGGUAUGGCCUCGGAAGAAGGCCUGGCGGCAUUUGUGAAGUGCAAGUUUCACAUGUUUUUAAAUCUAGAAAAAGAUCAGAUGGAAAGAAUUCUAGUCCUCCCCUUUUUUCAAGAAACGGGGACGAAAGAAACGGAGCCGUUUUUCAGUAUUCCAGACAGAAGAGCUUUCAAGAUACACACCUGGAAGGGCCCCGAAUUCCCUGUCGCAAGCGACAAAGUAGCUCCGAUUCUAAUUCAGAGUUGUCAAAUGUGGAAUUAAGGCAACGUCUUCAUGAAACUUUAGAGGAGGUAGAAAUUUUGAAAACUGAACUUGAGGCAUCUCAAAGACAACUUGAAGGUAAAGAGGAAGCAUUGAAAAUUCUUCAAAGCAUGGCAAUAUUUGGCAAAGCCACAAGUCAUACCCAGGCAGUGCUUCAAAAAACUAUGGAACAAAAGAGAUCCUUGGAGAAGGAAAUAAAUGCUUUGCAGUGGGAAAUAGAAUUUGAUCAGAAUAGAUUUAAAAAUAUAGAGGAAUCUUGGAUCCAAAAAUAUGACAGGCUAAACUGUGAAAAUGCAGUCCUCAAAGAAACUUUGAAACUAAAAACAGAAGAAAUUAAAAUGCUCAAGUCUGAAAAUGCAAUUUUGAAUCAACAGUAUUUGGAGGUGCUUGCCAUGCUUGAUAUCAAACAGCAGCAGAAGAUGGCUCAGGAAGACACCUGCCAGGAUAGAAGUGGCUUUACAGAGGUUUCAGGUCUUGAGCUUGCAGUGCUGGGAGCCUGCCUUUGUCACCGUCCCAGAGGGACCCCCUGCGCUUGCGCCAAACUGGCCGCGUCCACUCGGAAAAUGCUCCUGCAGCUCAAACGGGAGCUGGAACUUCUGCAGAAGAGUAAAGAAGAAGCCUACAUAAUGGCAGAUGCAUUCAGAAUUGCAUUUGAGCAACAAUUAAUGAGGAAAAAUGACCAGGCACUAAGAUUGACACAAAUGGAUAAAAUGUGUAAGAAAGCAACAAAAUGGAUAAGUUGGAAGCACCUUAAAGAAGAUGGGUCACUAUCCCAAGGGAGUAAGAAGACCUUAGGGCAGAAAUUGUUGGGUAUGCUCCGUUCAGAAAACAGUUCUAAGAGUACCAAUGACCAGGACGAUCCUCAGGAAAUCUUUAAGAUGCUAAUAGACUUGUUAAAUGAUAAAGAAGAAGCUUUGGCUCAUCAAAGGAAAGUGAGUUACAUGCUUGCUCGGGCUUUGGAAGACAAAGACACCACUUCAAAAGAAAUUAAAGAGAGAAAUUCUAUGAAAGACAGUUUUACAUUAAAAAAACCCUGGCAGAAAAUUUUAGAAUUCCCUGUUUCAUGUGAUCCUGUGCAUUCAAGUGUUCAAAUUUUUAAUUCUGUGGGCUGCAUUUGUUCAGUUCAGCACUUUCAAACAAAUCAAAAGUAUGCAAGAACUCUUAAAAGGUCCUGUUCUUUGCCAUCAAAUAUCAUGUACUGA